AUGAUAACCGACACGGAUGGAACCGUGUACGAGAUCGUCUCGGAAAGCCCAACCGAAACUGACGCGUCGGGAGAGGAUGAGGAGAUGCCGAAGCUGAUUCCGCUCGAAUGUGUGGUAGAAGACGAGCAUGAUGUCAUCAUUGUCGACGACAUGUCCGCAGCUCGCAACACGUAUGUUCCGUUUUAUUGAUUUGUCAGUUUGGCCAGUACACAUUAUACCAUUGUCAUUGUUUUUUGAUUAUCUUCAUCUCCUUGCGUCUAAACGCAACACAUUUAUAUUCAAAUCAACUUCCACAAUCACCAUGAGUAGGUAAAAGGCCGGCCCAUGAUUCCUGAAGGCCUGUCAAAACCUGGACUCAGGUCUUUUGGGCCCAAGUCUCAAAACGAUCGGAUCUUCCCGGUUUUUACGGAAAUCGCGACCUUUUCGACUCUGAUCCACAUAUCUGCGAACCCGAUAAUCCAAUCGAUUUGAGAUUUAGACCCACUGGGCCUAUGCAGAAUACAAAAAAUGGUUAUUUUUGUUUUUUCGAAACGCAGAAAACCGCUGCGGGACCAUCGCAACAAACAUGUUAUGCGUCUUUAUUGCUGUUCUAGACCUACAUGAGUCGUUUUAAAGGAACAUAACGCAUUCUGUUGUGAUGGUCCCGCACCGAUCACCAUUUUGCAGUCGGCAAACGACGCGAAUAACCUGAAACAACGCACGCAUGACCAACCAUUUUUGACAACCAUUUUUGCACCCUCUGCUCUGACAAUAACACAUUUGCUUCACUUUUCAGUCCCGACUUCAAAGGCAUCGAUCUGAGCUCUGUGAAAAUGGCAAAAUCGCAAAUUGAAAUGCUUCUGGCGAUUCAAGGAAAAAAGAUUCCAAAGGUGAGAGCUCUGCAAACACUAACAUUUCUGGAAAUGUGUUUUAGAUCGAGAAGCCGGCGCGUCGGAAGCACAGCAAAGGGCUCGAACACGGUCAGAUCGCGAGAAACAAGAUGAUCCGUGAGGAGACGUACCCAAACGUGGACAUUUAUAAAGAAUUCUCAAGUGGAAUUUUCACGCUCGACGUCAAGAAAAUGGACGCUAGCUUGGCGAAACUUGACAAGCGCCUUUGGGAGCAUUGCGUCGAGAAAGCUGUGAGCUAUCCGUGGUUCACCCUUCAGAAGGUACACCUCUCUUUUCUGGAAUUUAACUCAUCAGCCAAUUAUUCUUAAGGUCCUACAAAAUCUCUCAAUGGGACUCAAGACAUAUGAGAAUCAGAUUGAAGUUUACGACAAGAUUGAGGAGGUGUUCGCGAAGUGCUACCCUCUCUUCGGGUCCAAUGUGGAGAGAAUCGAUGAUGAGGGCUACACUAUGCUGCACCGUGCCAUUUACGCCAAACAUGUAAGUCAUUCAGGUCAGAUUCGUCAAUAAACGAGUACAUUUCAGUGGCGCCUGGCAAAAUCCCUUGUCGAACUCAACACUCCGCUCCACAUUCGCAUCUUUAAUGAAGAAAGUGCUCUCGAGGCGACAAUUCAAAUGGAAAACUUUGAGUUCCUCAAGGUGCUUCUCGGCUAUGGCGCUACUUACCACUACUUCAUCACCGAGAAACGUUCAAACGAACAGGCCUUAUUCAUGUGAGUUUGAGCCGCUUGAGUUGUCAGCUCAUAACAAUGAUAUUCAGGGACAAUACUCCGAUUACCGACGAACUCCUGGACGUUCUCAAAACGCACAACGCUGCUCUGGAAGCGAUUUUCGAGGAAUAUCGUGUUAAGAAUGACCAAGCGCACCACCAAAUCCUUGAGAUGUUCCCGGUGAUGACAUUCCCUCACGGAUUUGUCGAUGAAGACUUUGAUCGCGUUGACAUGGUCAAUGAGUUCCUCGUCAAAAAUGCCAAGAAAUCGAACCGCGACUAUGGCUACGUGCUGGCGAUGAUCGUUGCUCGUUGGAACGACGAAACGGUCAGUUUUCCGAUUUUCCAGUACACGCGUAACAAGUAUUCAUUGCAGAAUUCCGUCGAAGUUGUGCGGAACAGCGGCCUGAGGAUGCAAACCGGGCCCAUUCUUUCGUCAGAGCUUGCGGAAUUCCACGCUAACCCAGGUUUCUGGAGAGUGAAACCGAAUAAGGGACUCAACAAUCUCGUCCUGAAAAUUGAGAGAGCCGCGCCGAAAACCUUCACAAUGUGUCAGCUGAUCUACUGCAAAUUCAAUCGGACCGCAGACAUUGCAAUCGAGCAAGACGAGGAACUGAAGUUCGGACCUGAUCAGGACGCCGAUAAGAUCUUCAGAAUCGUUAACAUCACUCAAAAUCGCAUCGGAUUUGAAGCUGCCACAAGAUGUGAUUAUUUCACGCUCGUUCCAUCUUCCGGAGUUAUCAACAGCGGGGGAAUUUAUGAAGUGACCGUAAGGUACCACGCCGCUCUUGUUCCCGUAAGUUGAACUUUAAUGAAACUGAAAUUGUAGCAAAUCCGUCAUUUUUAGCAGAUUGAAACCAAUAAGAGAUUCGGGUUCGACAGUGAGGAGAAUAUCAUGCUCAAGUGGGCCAACGCACCGGACGGAGAAGACGUGUACGACGAGAAGUGGCAGAAACGAGAUGUUGGCAGUCGCUUCAUGGUCAUCAAGAACGCACGCAUGACCUAA